UUGAUCUGGAAAUUUUAUGUGUCGCUCGGCUGAUGACGUGAAGCUCAUCCACUGCGUGUUUCUAUACCUAAAUCCCGAAUGACAUGCGAAGUUAUCCGGAGCUGAGAAGAUGACUGCGAUUGAAACUGACACCCCAAGCAAUAAAGUCAAAGAAGAUGAGAGUACUGAUUUGAGAAAAGACCGUGAAAAAAAGAAACGGUCACGAGUAAAGCAGUUGCUUGCUGACAUUGCUAAGCAAGUGGAUUUCUGGUUUGGUGAUGUCAAUCUGCACAAGGAUCGAUUUCUGAGGGAACAGAUUGAGAAGACCAGAGAUGGCUACAUUGAUAUAUCACUGCUGGCCUCAUUUAACAAGAUGAAAAAAAUAACAACAGACUCAAAGCUAAUAGCAAGAGCAGUAAAGAAUUCAUCUGUUGUGGAGAUAAAUUUGAGCGGUACAAAAAUAAGGAGACGUUUUCCUCUUGGAGAGAAACCACAAGAUGUGGACAGUCGCACAGUGUAUGUGGAGCUGUUACCUAAAAAUGUUACCCACAGCUGGAUUGAGCGGGUGUUUGGUAAAUAUGGCAUGGUAGUCUAUGUUAGCAUCCCACGAUACAAAUCGACAGGAGAUCCUAAAGGAUUCGCAUUUAUAGAGUUUGAAACUCAAGAGCAAGCGGCUAAAGCAAUAGAGGUUUUAAAUAAUCCACCUGAAGAAGCACCAAGAAAAGCAGGGAUGUUUCCUAAAACAGUGAAAAAUAAACACCUUCCACCUGUAGAAGUAACAGAGCACAGCAUAACAGAGGGCUGUGGUACUGAAAAGAAAAAGAAGAAGAAAAAGAAAUCCAAGGCAAGAAAAGACAGUGUCGAAAAGGCAGAGGAGGAUACUAAAGAGCAAGAUAUGGACAUAAUUUCUGAAGGCGUCCCUAAGAGACGCAAGACUGUAUCUGAGAGCUCAGUACCUGAUGUACAGGAAGCUGAUAAGCAGACUGCCAAAAAGGAAAAAAAGAAAAAAGAGCGAGCAGAGAGUUUUGAUCAGUCUGAGAAAGUCAGGCAAGGCAAAAGAAAGUGUAGCAGCUCAGAGGAACAUGACUGCUCUUCUGCUAAGCAGAAGAAAAGUGAUACUAAAGACCUGCCUCAGGAUGAGAAGCCAAUGGUAACUCAAGAAGUAUUACAAGAAUGUAAAGAGCUCUCUACAGAAGAAGAAAAGGAUGCAGUGGAUAAGAAAGAAAUAUCAGUGCCAAAAGUAAAAAGGAAGCGGAAGAAGAAGCAUAAAGAGAGACACCGAGUUGGAGAAGAGGUUAUACCUCUGAGAGUACUUUCAAAGACAGAAUGGUUGGUCCUGAAGGCCGAAUAUUUAACACUGCAGCGAGCCAGCAUGGCCUCUCUUAAGAAAUCAAUGAGUGAAAUGAAUCACAUCUCUGAGGAGGAAAUGCAAACACAACCAUCCAUGCAAAGCUUUGAUAUUAAGAAUGGAAAAGUGGAGACUGUAAAGAAUGAACCACUGGGACCACAGUUUGUGUGUGGUGUUAUAGGGAAAAUCACAAGUUCAGAUCCUCUUCAGGGACGCAAAUAUGUUAAGGAUGCAUUUUCAGGAGUGUGCGAAGUGGUCUAUGUGGACAUGCUGGAAGGUGAUACAGAAUGCCAUGUACGGUUUAAAUCUCCUGAAGAUGCACAGACUGCAGUAAAAACUCGCUCUGAUUUGCAAGGCAAACACAAUUGGAAGCUACAAAUUCUCGCAGGUGACAAUGAACAACGGUAUUGGCAGAAGAUUUUGGUGGACAGGCAGGCAAAACUUAACCGGCCCCGGGAAAAGAAACGUGGCACUGAAAAGCUCAUUGCCAAAGCUGAGAAGAUGAGACUGGCUAAAACACAGGAAGCGAGCAAGCACAUAAGAUUCAGUGAUGGCUUCUGAAAAUACUGGGGUUGUACUUCCACUUGUUUUUUUUUUUUUUUGUUUUUUUUUUAUUGCUUAUGGUUGUGCUGGCACAUCUCACACACAACGUUCCUGCUGAUAAUUACAUCAGGCUCAUAAGAGCUCCAUAUUGGAUUUUCUCAUGGAGCUGUUAAUAUUGGGCCAGCUUAGUGGGGGAAAAAAACCUGAUCAUCUGCAUCCUUCCAGCUUUUGCUGACAAUUGGUCCUAACAUCACUUUUAGUACAUUAUCCAGUAUGCUCGGGACCAAGAGGAUUCCGGAUAAAGGGGUCUUCCCGUAAUUUGGAUCUCCAUACUAAAGAAAAAAUAAUUUAAACAAUAAUUAAACCCAAUAGGGUUGUUUUACACCCAAUAAGGGUUAAUUAUAUCUUAGUUGGGAUCAAGUACAAGGUACUGUCUUAUUAUUACAGAGAAAAAAGAAAUCAAUUUUAAAAAUAUGAAUUAUUUGAUUAAAAUGGAGUCUACGGGAGACAGGCUUUCCAUAAUUAGAAGCUUUCUGGAUAAUGGGUUUCCGAAUAACGAAUCCCAUACCUGUAUUCAGUUCUUGUACCCACUGGAGGGCUAUAGUUGGGGAAUCCAUAUACAGCAGAUUUCAAAUGUUUUUUCUGUUGUUGGCUUUUAGUUAUGAGACAUAAGCACAGGCUUACAUUCAAAGGGAUUCUGUCAUAAGAAUUCCAUACAACAUAUUUCAUUCAUAAGGUUUAAAAAGUGUGUUUUUCAUUUUUAAGAGAUGCAGCUUUUAUUCUUUUAUAUUUAAUGGAAAUGACACACAGGACUACUUUAGGUGCAGUAAGUUCUUUAGUAGCCUAGUAGUGAGUAAAGCAUCUUGCUUUAGCCCUAAAGUUAGCCUAAACAUUCAGUGAUUUUAUUUGCUCUAUUGUAGAUCAGUUUUCUUACAUAUGAUCUAUACUGUUGGCUUUAAAAGACUGUAAACGAUAGGGCUGUACAGGAGUCUAAAUUUCCCAGGAGGUAACUGGAGCCAUGGAUACACAAAAUAUCCUAUCAUUGUUAGAUACGUUUCACCUACAAAACCUUAUUCAUAUAAGAGGGAUGUAUUUCUUUUUUGCAUUCACAUGUUAAUGACGUGAUCCUUUGAGCCAAUGGCAAAGACAAUUAAGUUGUGCCCGCUUGCCCCUACCCUACUUGGACCCCUUAGGUGUAAAUCAGAGGCUUGGGUUUCUUUUUUCCCUACAGCUGAAUAAAGAAAAUUAUUUUAAGUUUUUUUUUGAUAAUUUUUUUGUACCUCUAUCAGAAAUUGAAUAUAUUGUACAUUUGUUAACAAUAAAGUUCCCUACAUGCUA